CUCAAUAUUUCAUUGUAAUUUCCAUACUACCUAGGUAUAACCACAAGGUGUCAUCAGCGACCUGAGUAAAACUAUCUAUUUUCUUUCUCUUUCUCUCUCUCUCUCUCUUUGCGAGACUCCUCCCCGUUUUGGGGGCAGGACGUUUGAGCUUCAGAGGUCUUUGUUCGUGACAAGCCACAAUAUAGAUUUUCUGGAUCGCAGUGCAGAACAGUUAUUUAUUUUACUACAGCGGUUUGUGGAUGUUUUAAUGUUUUUAGUUUUUCUGUGGAUGUGCUGCUGACUGAUCAUGGCGAAUUCACUAAAGGAACGAAAUAUAUUGUGGAUAUAUAUGACUCUAUUUUCUUUUCUUUCGAGGAUAUCUUCCGGGCAGAUUGUGUAUUCUGUGUUGGAGGAGGCCAGUCUGGGGACUACAGUAGGCAAUAUAGUAAAAGAUUUAAACCUUAAUUUGCAAGAACUGGAAAACCGUGGAUUUCAGAUCGCUUCUGGACCCAACAAGAGGUAUUUCGAUGUAAAUAUGAAAUCAGGAAUACUUCAAAUUAAAGACAAAGUAGACCGAGAGGAGCUAUGUGAUCGUAGCUUAAAAUGUUCCUUAGAAUUGGAGGCCAUUAUUAAUUCGCCAUUGAACAUGUACCGAUUUGAAGUAAAUGUAUUGGAUAUAAACGACAAUUCUCCAACAUUUCACUCUUCAUCGUUACAAUUAAAUGUAUCUGAAGCGGCAUUUAUAGGGGAAAGGUAUGCAUUACCAAACGCUUUUGACGCGGAUGUGGGCAGUAAUUCGGUAAAGAGCUACAAACUCAGUCCAAAUGAACACUUUUCUAUUGAUGUUCAAAGCGAAGGGGAACAGAGUGUGUCUGCUGAAUUAGUGCUGCAGAAAGCUUUAGACCGAGAAAAACAGCCGGUGAUCCAGCUCACACUGACCGCUGUAGACGGAGGAAAACCUCCGAGAUCAGGUGCAAUAAGUAUAAUUGUUAAUAUCAUAGAUGCAAACGACAAUAUUCCUGUCUUUACAAAGUCUCUUUACAAAACACGAAUUCCAGAAAAUGCUCCCAUUGGAACUUCCGUUAUCACAGUACACGCGAGUGACGCGGACGAUGGACUAAAUGGAGAGAUUGUAUAUUCACUCACUAAACACGCCAAUGAUAAAAAUAUCAAGUCAUUCGCAAUCGAUCAAGUUUCUGGUGAAAUAACAGUUCAUGGUAAAUUAGACCACGAAUCAAAUAAUGCUUUUGAAAUACGCGUGCAAGCGAGAGAUAGAGGUCCGCUUCCAAGAGCAGCUCAUUGUAAAGUACUGGUCGAAAUAAUGGACAUUAACGACAAUGUUCCUGAAAUAUCUGUAACGUCUCUUGUUAAUGUUGUGAAGGAGGAUUCACAAAAAGGGACAAUGGUUGGUCUGAUUACGGUAAAAGAUGAUGAUUCUGGCGAAAAUGGAUCUGUAAAAUUGAAAAUAGUCGAUUCUCUUCCGUUUGUAUUACAGAACACUUAUAAGAAUAAAUAUUCUAUGGUUGUUAACGGGCCUUUAGACAGAGAGCGCGCAUCUGAGUAUAACGUGACUAUCACAGCUACAGAUGAAGGGACUCCGCCUCUCUCUAGCACCAGUGUCAUUACUAUACACGUUUCUGAUGUGAAUGACAACGCGCCGCGCUUUCCAGAGCCCAUCAUUAAUGUUUAUGUGAAAGAGAACAGUCAGAUUGGAGCUGUUAUUCAUACAGUAUCUGCUUUUGAUCCUGAUGUAGGUGAUAAUGCCCGAAUAACAUAUUCUUUACUAGAAAGCUCUAAAAGCGGUCCGGUAACAUCCAUGAUCAACAUAAACUCUGAUAGUGGAGAUAUACACAGUUUACAGUCGUUUAAUUAUGAAGAGAUAAAAACGUUUGAGUUUAAAGUUCAAGCCACAGACUCUGGUGUUCCUCCGCUCAGCAGUAAUGUGACUGUAAAUGUUUUUAUCCUGGAUGAGAAUGACAACAGUCCCGGGAUUCUCGCGCCCUAUUCCGAGCUCGGUUCCGUUAACACGGAGAACGUUCCCUAUUCUGCUGAUGCGGGCUACUUUGUGGCCAAGAUCAGGGCUGUAGAUGCAGAUUCUGGUUACAAUGCGCUGCUGUCUUACCACAUCUCUGAACCCAAAGGAAACAAUCUGUUCCGAGUCGGAACCAGCAGCGGGGAGAUCAGGACUAAGAGGAGAAUGAGUGACAAUGACCUGAAAACUCACCCGCUGGUCAUUUUGGUUUGUGAUAACGGAGAGCCUUCACUGUCAGCGACUGUGUCUAUCGAUGUUGUGGUUGUUGAAAGCGCAGGUGACGUCAAGACCACAUUCAGACAUGCGCCGAUAAAGGAGGAGAGUUUCUCGGAUUUAAAUCUGUAUUUGCUGAUCGCCAUUGUGUGCGUGUCCGUUAUCUUUUUACUGAGUCUCAUCAGUUUGAUGGCUGUAAAAUGCCACAGGACAGAAAGGAGUUUGGGCAGGUACAGCACCCCGAUGAUCACCACUCAUCCUGACGGGAGCUGGUCUUACUCCAAAUCUGCUCAGCAGUAUGACGUCUGUUUUAGCUCGGAUACACUGAAGAGUGACGUAGUGGUUUUCCCUGCGCAAUUUCCGCCUGCAGAUGCAGAACUGAUCAGUAUUAAUGGAGGAGACACUUUUACCAGAACACAAACACUUCCUAAUAAAGAAAAGGUAAGAUCAUUUUUAUAAAAAUUGAGGAAAACACAUUAUUCCCUUCGCUGUGGUUUAGAACUGAUGCUUCUUUUCUUGAAAUUUUAGUGCUGGUUAUCAUUUUUUUCAUAUCAAGAUUGAGGGGAAGACAUAUUUUAUUUAUAUUGAGCAUAUGUUUAGAAUGUAGUUUUGGCGUGGUCGUCUAUUGCGCUAAGGUCCUCUGUCCGUGGUGCUGAAAACGCAAACAUGAAAUCCGAUGUUCUUUCAUCCUAGAUUGUCGUGCAUAAAUUUGAGCGAAUUUAGCCUUUGUUUCGUUUGCGAGCUAUAUAUCUAACUGCUGUCCUCUCUGUUGUCUUGGCUGUUUAUUGUUUUGCUGUGAUUACAAAAUAUUGUAAUUAUUCAUUUAGAGUGCACAUAUAGAUUAGUGUUUACUCUUACAGUAAUAUGUAUUUGGACCUGUUUGUAGUACUGAAGACUUGGCGCUCAAACAUCAAGAUAGCAGAUUUUGUCACAUCCGAUUAUAAGACCUAACUUUUCUUGUCGUCAGAAUCACAUCAUUUAUUUGUUGCAAUACAGAACAAAUAAUAAUAAUACAAA